GGUGUUAAGGGACUAGUUGAUGCUGGAAUAGUCGAUAUUCCACGAAUUUUUAUUAGGCCAUCUGAUGAACUUGAGCAAGAGUUGAGUCGAUGUAGGUUACAGGCAGUCGUGGAUCUAAGUGGCAUCAAAAAUCAAGAUGAGCGUAAGAAGAUAGUUGAUGCAAUAAAGGAAGCAUCAGAGAAGUGGGGAUUCUUGCAACUGAUAAAUCACGAGGUUCCUUCGAGUGUUAUGGAAGGAAUGAUUGAUGGGAUUCGUAAGUUUCAUGAGCAAGAUGUGGAAUUAAAGAAAGAGUACUACUCGCGUGAUAGAGGUAUCAGAAGAGUUAGAUAUGAAAGCAAUAUUCAUCUGUAUCAAUCACACACCGCAAAUUGGAGGGAUACAUUGUACAUUUCUAUGCUAAUUACUGGUCAUAUUGAACCUGAAGAAAUCCCGGCAAUUUGCAGGAAAGAAGUUAUUGAUUACACGGAUCAUGUUAAAAAACUUGGAGACACUCUUCUUGACUUACUAUCAGAAGCUCUUGGACUAAACACAGACUACCUGAAAUCCAUGGAAUGUGCCAAAGGUAAAACAUUGGUAUGCCAUUACUAUCCGGCAUGUCCACAGCCAGAGCUAACUCUUGGUACCGAUAAGCACACAGAUCCUGAUUUUCUCACAAUUUUGCUCCAAGAUCAAAGUGGUGGUGCCCUGCAAGUCAUGCAUAAUAACCAAUGGGUUGAUGUUGAACCAAUUGAACGAGGUUUGGUUGUUAAUAUUGGUGACUUUCUUCAGAUAUUAUCAAACGACAAGUUUGUGAGUGUAAAUCAUAGAGUUCUAGCAAAGAAAGUAGGACCAAGGAUAUCGGUGGCAUGCUUCUUCCAUGGUGCUUACGAACCUCCAAAGAUAUAUGGUCCAAUCAAAGAGUUCAUAUCAGAAGAAAAUCCCCAGCUGUAUCAAGAAUUUCUUGUGAGAGAUUACAUGGCUAAGUUUUUUUCGAGGCCAGUUAAUAUGUCUGGUCUUGAUCUUUUCAGAAUGUGAGAAGUGACCGAGGACCAUGUCGCGGAAACCACCAUAAACCUUCAGAAAAGCCAAUUGUACUACCUUUAAUACAGAAUAAUGUCAAAGUUUGUGAUUCGUUGUACCAUGAUGUUUAACAAUUAUUGAGAGUGUUUUUCUUAUUCAGAACACUUUAAAAAAGAAAAUAAGAGUGCUUUUGUUGUUCUGCUGUUUA